CCAACUCCAUUGAGAGGACCAUACCGAGUCGGGAUUGCGAGUGUAGAUCUCGCUGGGACAUUUAAGCUAGCUGGCGCAUCCGCGCAGUAGAAGUCGGUGGGCCAUCAUUUUGGGUGUCCGAUGCUGCACUGUGGUGUGACCCACACUAAUCACCGUAGCAGACAGCAAACCAUGUUCAUCCUGGAUGCUCCUAGUCCCUCGAGUACGCAUGGAAUGCAUUGUCUGCAUCGAGCCAGUACUGUCUGUGGAUCAAGCUCAGUCAGAGUGAGGCUUGAUCUCACGCUGUCUUAACGAUUAAUGGUUGCUCAUUGUACAGCAUAAUCGAGUCUCCAGCCUUGAGAUAUCGUUCCGGUAUAUCCAGAUUGGUUCAUCUUUUCAAGCGGAGAAAUUUGGAGUCGGGAGCUCCUCAGGAUUAAAUUCUAAGUGGCAGGAUGAGCGUUUUGGACGUUCAAACAAACGGAUUUCACCAGAGCGAAGAUCCGGAGAUGAUACCCACGGAAGUUCUCUUUGGCUACCCAAGAGAACAAGCACGGCUUUCUCCCGACGGGAAGUUCGUGGCGUACCUCAGUCCUUCUCCCGAUCAAGUCUCCAAUGUGUGGGUCCGACCCCUCGACGGGAAAGAGGAGGAUGCAAAAAUGGUGACGAAGGAAAACCACAGAGGAAUUCGGUGGUUUCUCUGGAAUCCGUCAGGAGAAUAUAUCAUCUACAAGCAAGAUGGCGGAGGUGAUGAAGACUGGCAUCACUUCGCAGUGGAUUUGGCCAGCGGAGACAUUCGGGACCUAACUCCUUACGACAAUGUGUCCAGCAGAUUGAUGCCAAGCAGUAUUAGUGGGUUACGUCCAUACGACAUGUGCUUUUACAUGAACAUCCGCGAAAAAAGUGAUUUCGACGUGUAUAAGAUCAACAUCAAGACAGGGGAUGUUGUGUUAGACACGGAGAAUCCUGGAGAUAUACAAGACUGGUUAUGUGAUAGCAACUUCCAAGUUCGAGGAGCUCUGCAGUAUCACCUUUCAGAUGGUAGCUCGACCAUUCGUGUACGAGAUUCAGUAGACUCUGAAUGGAGAGAUGUGCUUCACUGGUCUUCACAAGAGCAUGGAGCCAUGAUGGGAUUUGCAAGUGAUCCGAAGAAAAUGUACAUUCUAUCUUCUUUGGAUUCUCCCACCAGUCGUCUGGUUUUGAUCAACCUUGAAGAUGGGUCAGUUGAACGGGUGAUAGCAUCUCAUCCGAAAUGUGAUGUUCUUGGAUUCAGAGGAGAUCCAUCCAAGGUUCUUUUCAUGGACUUCAGAACGAAAGAGUAUACCGCUGUUGCCUUUGCCUAUGACAAACUGAAAUGGACAGUACUUCACCCCAGUGUACAGGACGACUUUGACCUACUGACUACAUACAGGCCAGGAAACAUGUACAUCGCUAGCAGAGAUCGCCAAAAUCAAAAGUGGGUCGUCACCUACGAAAUCGACAAUGGAUCAGCAGAGACGUAUAUUUAUGAAAGGAGCAGUAAGACGAUGACAUUACUAUUCGAACACCUUCCAAAGCUGAAACAGUACAAGCUGGGAUCAAUGCAGCCUCAUGUAGUCAAGGCCCGUGAUGGUCUUGACAUCCUGAUAUAUCUUACGCUACCAGCCGACGUGGAGCCAAAAAAUCUACCCUUGGUUCUGCGUACACAUGGCGGUCCUUGGUUUCGAGACUGGUGGGGAUGGGAUAGCGAGGCUCAGUAUUUUGCAAGCCGUGGUUAUGCAUGCUUGCAGGUGCAAUAUCGUGGGUCAGAUGGAUUCGGUAAAGUCUUUCUGCAUGCCGGAGAUAAGCAAUGGGGAGCCAAAAUGCAGAAUGACAUCACAGACUCUGUCCUUUGGACCAUAAAUCAAGGCAUUGUGGAUAGAGAACGGGUUGCCAUCGGUGGUAUUUCCUUCGGUAGCUUUUGCAGUUUGGCUGGAGCAGCUUUUACUCCAGAACUAUAUAAAUGCUGCGUAGAUCUUGUUGGUCCAACCCAAAUGAAGACGGUGACAACUAAAAUCGUGCCAUACUGGAAACCCAAGCGAAAGUUGUUGCAUGACAGAGUUAUUGACUUGGAGAACGACGAUGAGCUGAACCAGCAAAGAUCUCCAUUCUUCCAUGCGGAUAAGAUUCAGGUGCCAGUAAUAAUUGCACAUGGCGGAAACGAUAUUGUUGUGAACCCUGGUGAGAGUGAGCAAAUGUUCCAGGCUCUGAAAGAUCUGAACAAACCUGUGACGUACUUGAUCUACAAAGACGAGGGUCAUUGGCUCGAAAGACCACAGAACAAGAUGGACUGGUUCUGGAGGCUGGAGAAACUACUGCAUAAACAAAUAGGCGGCAAACUUGGAACACCUCCUCCUGUCACCAAAUCUGGAGCGUUCUUGGUUUACGAUUCCAUUGGUCUUUAGGUUAGGUCCUUAUAUUAGAAAGCAUAUUGUACAUAGCUUGCAACAGACUCCUUACGAGUUGUAACUCGUCUGGGCAAACUCCUAGCUUUUUGUCGCGCAGCUGUAUGAAUUGAGAAUAGCUAACCCCGACGAAACAUGACUUUUAUUAAGAAGAUUGUGAAGCUGGCAACGCAUCAAGUAUAUGAAAAAGUACACAGGGUCAUUGGCUCAAGUUGUUGACUAAAAAAUCGUACGAGGAUAUACUAUCUCAUCAGUCUUCUUAUCUACCAUGUUAUUCCAGCUAGGUGCUGUUCCUUGAUGAAAAUGUAGUGAAACAUCGGACUCUUUUGUACCUCAAGUUGGAAAGCUGAUUUGAGAGCGGAAUCUCAAGAGUUGCAUUUGCUUCUAAAACUCAUCAAUCUGA